AUGGCACAGAACAACUCUUACCUUAUCUUGAGCUCGGGUUUGGACCUUAAUGGCUCUCAAGCCCCAGAAUAUCAACUAGAUACGAUCCCACAAACCGUCCAGCAGCGGUUUCAGGCUCAGAACGCUUCCUCCAACCUUCAAAUAUCGAACAAUUUCUGCAGGGCUCAGAAACCUGCCCAAACAGUGCAUAAGGUUCCACAGCCUCAUACGGCAAGCUUUGAGAGUAUGAAUACUUCCCAUGAGCAGAAUCUUGCAUACGGAGCAGCGGUCCCCUCAGCCAGCUGGCCCGACACGACACUUGCCUAUCCUCCAAGGCUUCCAGGGGGCAGUCCUACGGGAGAUCAGGCAGGCGGUUCAUACACUUCUUCAGUUGUGGAUAGUGCUAUUUGUGGUACUCAUGUCAGGGGGCUCCAGAACAAUGCGGAAUAUAUCAAGUCGCUUGGUUCUGUGAAUUUCCCAGCUCGAGACCUGCACGCUAUGGUAACAGGAGCGUCAAUUUCAGCAAGAAGAGACACUUCACAGAUCUCACAAACUCAACAUGAUUACGACGCAGUCGUGGAUACAACACAAGCGCAAUUCUGGCACAACGGGGAGGGCCCGUCGAUUGGGAAUUACUCUGGCCAUGCAGAAAAAGAAAGUCUUCGGGCACAAGCACAGGCUAUAGAACCCCAUACUCAAGAACAAGCAAGUGUCUGGAACGAAAGCCAGCUCGAUCCAAGAAUAAUUCAAAUGUCGAUGGGUCAAGCUAGUCAACAUCCAGUAGUUCUCUCGGGACACUCUGUACAGCGACCUCCCGUGAACAAGACAAACAGCGGAAAUCACGAGUGGCAACCCCAAGUGACAACAUCCGAGCCUGAAAACAGAAUCGAAUCCAGAAUUACUGGUAUCCCUGCAGCGUCUGCAGCAGGUCGUCGAUUUCCGCCUCAAGGCGGUCAAGUAGCAGGUGGUCCACGGCCAAACAUGGCCCCGUCAGGAGAUUCAGGGCAACGUGGAAGGAAACACAAGUACGAGACUUGCGGCAAAGAAAAGUGUCGUCUCUUAAUUCCGGCGGGGUAA